GUUAGUAUAUUUUGACAGCACAGAUGAUUAAUAAAAACAGAAUUUAAUUUUACGAAAAAAGGAAAGUUAAGCACAAAAAAGGAGUUGCCAUGGAAGCUUUCCUGAUGAUCUUGUUUUUUACCGCCUUCUGGGCGGCGGUGGCCAAGUUUGGACCCAUCCUGGUGACCAAGGGACCCCAGGAUGAUUUGGUUCGCUGCAUUUUCCUGUUGACCGCCGUUGUUUGCUGGCUUUUCUGGCUCUGUUGCUAUUUGGCGCAAUUAAAUCCGCUCCUGGGGCCAAAACUCAGAGGAAACGCCGUGAGGAUCAUCGCCUCGUCCUGGGGAAAUCCCAUCAAGGAUGGAUAAAGGGAUUUCUACAAAUCCCACACAUACUUAGUUAAUCUCUGACGGAAGCAGCUUCUCCGGAUCCGCAGCCACAUCACACAAGAUGAAUACCACGGACACCAUAGCUUCUGCUAAACUUUUUUGUACUUUAACGCUGACAUGCUGAUAAGGUUGGGCUGUCCUAUCUUCAGAAACGCCCUGCUAUUUCCAAACUAACAACAUUAACCAAUUGAAAUUGUACACUCCCACCCCCAGAAGAUCUUUUUAAUACCUCAACAUUUGUUAUCAAAAUAUCUCACUUAUGUACCUACUGCGGUUUACAACUCCAAUAAUUGCUUUUUUUUUUAGCAAUAUGUUUUGUUUUUAUGCACUUAUUUGCAAAUUAACAUCUUAACAUCUUAACAUCUUUGGAUCCUAAAUCCGUUGAACAGAUUAUGAUGAACCUUUGGUUUUCCGUUUUGUAGAUUAUUGUACUAAUCAGUCAUUGUUUUUGUGAUCUAGUUAUCGGCAAAUAUAGACAAAUUUAUGUAAA